UCGCCGAAGCAUCAACACCACCAACGAACUAAUCCGUCAUACACAGCUCCCACAACAACAAGGAAUAGAAUAGAGAAGUGAGCUUGCUAGCACUAUCAAUGGGGAGGGCUCCGUGCUGCGAAAAGAUGGGGCUCAAGAGAGGCCCGUGGACGGCGGAGGAGGACAUGAUCCUGGUCGCUCACAUCGAGCAGCAUGGGCACAGCAACUGGCGGGCGCUGCCGAAGCAGGCUGGCCUGCUGCGCUGCGGCAAGAGUUGCCGCCUCCGGUGGAUCAAUUACCUUCGCCCCGACAUCAAGCGGGGCAACUUCACUAGCGAGGAAGAAGACGCCAUCAUCCAGCUCCACACCAUGCUGGGUAACAGAUGGUCGACGAUCGCCGCGAGGCUGCCGGGGAGGACGGACAACGAGAUCAAGAAUGUCUGGCACACGCACCUCAAGAAGCGACUUGACUCGGCCGUCAAGCCACAGGGCAAAACCGGUGCGCCGAAGCGCAAACCCAAGAAGCCUGUUGCUGUGACUGCAUCCGAGAGCCAAACCGUCGAGCCGGUUUCGUCACCGGAGCAGUCCCUGUCGACGUCGUCCGCCACCAGCGACGACUCGAUGGCCACAUCGCUGGAGAACACGGGCAGCUUCAGCUCGGAGGAGUUCGAGAUCGACGACAGCUUCUGGUCGGAGACGCUGGCAAUGACGGUGGACAGCUCCAUGGAAGCCGGCGACCCCUUCGGUGCAGACAGUGCAUCGCCGUCGUCGAGCAACGACGAGAUGGACUUCUGGGUCACACUGUUCAUGCAGGCUGGUGACUUGCAGAGCUUGUCUCAGAUUUAGGGAUGGGACUGGGUCGAUCGUU